AUGUCUGGGAAGCACUGGCCUCCUGGGACGCAGUGUGUCACCAAGCAUGACCACACCAAGCCCAAGGCCCAGGAGCUGGCUUUCCACAAGGGUGAUGUGGUCACCAUCAUCGAAGCCAUGGAGGGCAAGGGCUGGUACCUGUACAACGAGACAGGGCAGGAGGGGCUGCUGGCAGCCAGCACACUGCGGCAGCGAGGAGCCAUCCGCAUUGACCCCAAGCUCAGCCUCAUGCCCUGGUUCCACGGGAAGAUCUCAGGGGUGGAGGCAGUGCAGGAGCUGCAGCCCGCCGAGGAUGGUCUGUUCCUGGUGCGUGAGUCCGUCCGGCACCCCGGGGACUAUGUGCUGUGCGUCAGCCGCAGCGGCACCGUGAUCCACUACCGAGUGCUGCACCAGGACAGCACCCUCAGCAUUGACAGCCAGCACUACUUCUCCAACCUCAUUGACUUGAUUGAGCACUACAUGAAGGAGCAGGGAGCCCUCUGCACCAAGCUGGUGAAGCCCAAACUAAAACCUGGAACGAAGUCAGCCGAGGAGGAGUUGGCCAAAGCUGGCUGGUUGCUGAACCUGCAGCACCUCACACUGGGAGACCGCAUCGGCCAGGGCGAGUUUGGAGAUGUCCUGCAGGGAAGUUACAUGGGGCAGAAGGUGGCUGUGAAGAACAUUAAGUGCGAUGUGACCGCCCAGGCCUUCCUUGCUGAGACAGCUGCCAUGACGAAGGUUAGGCACAAAAACCUGGUGUGCUUGCUGGGCGUGAUCCUGCACAACGGCCUCUACAUCGUCAUGGAGUUCAUGGGCAAGGGCAACCUGGUGAACUUCCUGUGCACACGGGGCCGAGCUCUUGUCCCAGCCCAGCAGCUUCUGCUCUUUGCUCUGGACGUGGCUCAGGGCAUGGACUACCUGGAGUCCAAGAAGCUGGUGCACAGGGACCUGGCUGCCCGCAACAUCCUCAUCUCUGAGGAGAACGUGGCCAAAGUGAGCGACUUUGGCCUGGCCAGAGUCAACCCCAAGGGUGCAGAUGGCACUUUGCUGCCGGUCAAGUGGACGGCCCCAGAGGCCCUGAAACACAACAAAUUCUCCUCCAAGUCAGACGUGUGGAGCUAUGGGAUCCUGCUGUGGGAAACCUUCUCCUUCGGCCGAGCACCGUACCCCAAGCUGAGCCUGAAGGAGGUGAUGGAGCUGUUGGAGCAGGGGUACCGCAUGGAGCCCCCCGAGGGCUGCCCUCCCACCAUCUAUGCCCUGAUGAGGAGUUGCUGGGAGAUGGAGCCAGGCAAGCGGCCGUCCUUCAAGAAACUCGCAGAGAAGCUGCAGAAGGAGCUGAAGCACCUGAGGGAUGUUUAA